GCUAGCGUUCUAUACCUUUCAAGCACUGCUCAGAACUCAAACCACGGUUGUAUCGACAUACCGGCGUCGCGGGUCAUGGCGACCGAGCGUUACCGUUCUUCAGCGGCCAGCUUCGCGCACUGCCGCGUACAAACACCCGAACUUGAAUGGACGCAACCCUGGCCUUAUAAACCUCCAUUCUAAUUCCUACAAGUGACCACACUUCAAUACCCCACUUUCUUUCUUUUUCUUCAUUUCACCAACACAGGUUGGCACUCGUCACUCUCUAAACAACAGAACCCACAUAUACAUUGAUAUUGGAUCAAUAAUCAUGCGGCUUACAUUUGUCGCUAGCACGGGCCUUCCCAUACCGCGGCCUAAUCGCAUGCCCACAGGCUAUUAUGUCUAUAUCUCUACUCCCUAUGGCCAGUAUAGCACCUUCGAGGCGUCGGCAAUGGACGACUGCAGUGUUUCUUGGAACGAAACCCUCACCAUACAUGAACGCCCUCAGACGCUUUUCAAGCGGCUCAUGUCCAUCUUCAAAUCUGAAGCAGUCCGCCUCGAAAUUCGCGCCUCAUAUGAGUCUAAACCAACGCUCGAUCAAUCCGAAGUAGUGUGUGCGUUUGACACGACCUUCAAACAAUUACUGGCAGAAGACGGACCGCCUAAAUUACAUUCGGAUGUUGGUGAUAAGCGUGUAUCCCUCGAAUUGAAAGCGGGCGAUACUCAUGAGAAAAAUGUCGUUAUAUUCGGCGAAACCGGCUCAGGGAAAAGCUCAACUAUCAAUACCAUCGCCCAAAAGCAGGUCGCAAAAACAUCAAAUGAUGCAGUGGGAUGUACCACUAAACCUAAACGUUACUCAGUAGACAUUUUCGGCCAGAAUUUCGCCCUGUUUGAUACCGCAGGUCUCAACGAGGGGACCAAAGGCGAGGUGCCGCAGAAGCAGGCGAAGGAACAGCUGAAUAGAUUGUUGAAAGAGCGCAUGAGGCACAAGUUACCAUUGGAUGGUAUCGAUCUUCUGGUGUACUGCGUGUACAACACGACUUCCUCUCGCGCCAUCCUUAACACCUACAACGCUGUUUACUCUGGGAUCUACCGAAAGAAGAGAGUCCCGAUCGUCGUCAUCGUCACAGGAUUGGAGUCUGCGACUUCCAUGGAGAGCUGGUGGGAUAAUCACAAGGAGACAUUCAAGGACAUGCAUCUCGCAGGCCAUGCAUGCGUCACAACGGUUCAGGAAUAUGCAGGUAUUCCUCCAGACCAUACUGAUCGUGUUGCACAGUCGAGCGAGACUCUGCGCAACCUUAUCAUGAACACAUGCUCAGUUCCGGUAGUCGAUGACAACUUACCCGCGGGAACGUGUUUGCCGUGUGGUCAAUGGACUGAAUGGUAGUAACGCUGUCCAUCACCAUCGAGCAAAAUAUUAUUCACGCUGGCACGGGACGCCUAUUUAAUCCCGCUGGAGACCUUGGAUAGGUGAGCAGGACUUGCACGAUCUUAUUGGACGCACCUUUCUAACUGAAAAUGAAGAAAGACGAUAAUAAGCUUCGCAAGACUUUUUGGUAUAUAUUGUUUUGGUUGUGAAUGGAUAUUUUUUUAUCAUUUUAUUCUGACGUUUUCUCCGUGCGCAUCACUUUUAUGAUUAAUCCCCUCGUCAUGUUUUAUAUUCGUUCUUCCUCCUUUUAUUCAUGUUCUCUCGUAAUUACGUUCUUGUUGGCAGUGAAAAUAUAUGUCUAUAGAUAGACUACUAUGUAGUAUGAGUAUAUAACCAGUGACAUGAAGGUCACCACCAUCGGGAAUGGGGACUUUCCUGUCAAUAACUUAUUAUCAUUAUGUUAUAGAUCUUGAUAUUAUCUGCUGCCAUUCUGAAUGCCAAUCACGU